AGCACACAUUUUCGGCGUCCCCGCAGACAUCUUGUUUUCGAUCCAAUUACGGUUUUUACACAAAAUAAACUGUGUUUUCUUGCAGCCUAUAAGCAAAAUGCCUAUGACUAGUGCAAUGGACGACAAAGAGCGUUCAAGAGACCGCGACAGGGACCGCCCCAGGCGUAGCGGUGGCGGAGACAGGAGCUCCCGCAACAACGACUCCAUCAGAGACAGAAGCAAUGACCGCGGCCGGGAAGUACGCAGCAUGAAGUCCUCCCAAAACAGAGUGUACGUAUCAAACAUACCUUAUGAGUACCGGUGGCAAGACAUCAAAGACCUGUUUCGAGAUCAAGUCGGCGACGUUCAAUUUGUAGAGUUGUUCAUAGACGAUAACGACAAGCCCAAGGGCUCCGGUAUCGUCGAAUUUUCCGAUUCUGCAUCUGUUGAUAAGGCUCUGGAUAUCAUGCAACGUUAUGAAGUCAAGGGUCGUAAGUUGGUGGUCAAGGAUGAUGCUGGUAUCACUCGAGACAAGCAUGGGGCAGUGGUUGGUGGAAGCGGGGGUAGGAGGAACAGAGACAGUGAUCGGUUCAGGGAUGAUCACAGGAACAACAGUGGUGGAGGUAGUUCUAUGUCUCUGAGGAGUGAUGAUAAGUGGGGCAACACUUAUGGGUUGAGUCCUCAUUUCCUUGAGUCUCUGAAUAUUGAUGGGCCUCUUUGUAAUAGGGUGUUUGUUGCUAAUCUGGAAUACAACGUCGACAAGAAGAAGCUCAAAGAGGUGUUCCGUCUGGCUGGUCGCGUGAUUCGCGUGGAUUUGCCCAUCGACAAAGACGGAAAAAGCCGCGGCUUUGCCAUCGUGGAAUACGACCACCCUGUAGAGGCGGUGCAGGCGAUUUCUAUGCUGGGCAACCGACAGCUUCACGAUCGCACCUUGGCCGUCAGAAUGGACAGGGUGAAUGACGCUAUGAAAUUGCCGGACGGCUUGAAAUCCGUGGGUAUGGGCUUGGGGCCCAACGGGGAACCCUUGAAGAACGUGGCCCACAACUUGCCGUCGCUGAGUUCGAAUACGCAGAGCAGCGGCGCUGGAGCCGGUUUGUUGGGAGCCGUACCCAAUAGCUCUUUGCAGCUAGCCAGCGCCCUCCAAGGUCUGGGCAAUGUGGGCGGCCUGGGCGGCCUGGCCAAUCAGCAGGUCCUUCAAGCGGCCAAUCUCUCCGGCCUCGCGUCCAACCUGCUCGGCAACGGUCUCACCACCUCCGACCUGUCGUCGCUGGUGCAGAACGCCGCCGCCGCGGCCGCCGCCGGUCCGCUGGCCGCGGUGCAGAACACGGCGGCGCAGCAGCAGCUGGCCGCCUUCGCCGCGCAGAAUAAUUCGGCGGCGGGUGUAGGAGCUGGGAGCGGGUUGGGGGGCGGGAACGUCGGGGGCAUGCAUGCGUUCGGUAGAGGCGGAGGCGGCGGAGGGGACGGCAUGUACGGCCACAGCGUCCAAUCGUCGAACACGAACUCGCGAGCGUUCCAGAACAGCUCGGGCUUGGGAGGAGGCGGCGGCGGUGGCGGUUUGGGCAGCGGGUACGGCAACAGCGACAGGAACGACAGGAUGUCCUUCACGGAGAACAGCUCGAUGAGGCAGAGCAACGCGGACAGGCAGGACAACAAGGGCUACUCGAGGAAGGUGCUGGUGUCCAGCUUGCCAGCAUCUGCCAGUUACAAAAUGUUGCACGAGAAGUUCACCGAAUUCGGGGACGUGUUAACCUUUGAAGAAAAGGGUACCGGGAACAUACUUAUCACUUACGGAUCAGACUGGCAAGCCGAACGUGCGAUCAAAAAUCUGGACAAGGCCCGUAUAGAUGGACGAAUGAUUGACGCCAGGUUGUACUUGUGAGAAGACACUAAUUUUAUAAUAAUUUACUGUAGUAAGAUUUGUGCAGGACAGCAUAAUUUUUAUUCAGUUUUAAUGACUAUGGAUACAUCUUGAUUUUCCAUUUGAUAGAAGAAUGAAGUAAGAGUUUUCCGUUGAUGAUUGUGAUUGUUCUUUGUGAAUUUGAUGUAUUAUUUUCAUAAUUAUGUGAAAUAAACCACACAAACGAUU